AUGAAACAAGAGACAGUCUACAUCGAGAACAAACCCUACUGGCCUCACUUGCGCAGUUCGGGCGAACGUCUCGGUGCGCUCGACAAUUCUCGCCUGGCAGAACUCGGAUAUAAGAGCGAGUUCAGGAGACAGUUCUCGCUUCUUGACACUGUGUCUUUCUCUUUCUCGAUUAUGGCGGUUAUCAGUGGAAUUUCUUCGACAUUAUCCCUGACACUGGCUUCAGGCGGCCAUGUCGGACUCGUUUGGGGAUGGAUCAUACCGAUUCCUUUCGUCUUGUGCGUCGCAGCAGUCAUGGCAGAGAUGGCGUCCUCCAUGCCAACGAAUGCGGGUCCCUAUUAUUACGCGGCCAAACUCGCUCCAAAGCACUAUGCACCUCUUGCAGCCUGGAUCACGGGCGGUGCCAACAUCACUGGGCACGUAACACUGCUGACCUACAUCGACUUUGCGCUCGCGCAAAUGAUCACGACCGCGAUCGCCGUGGGGACAGACGAGAAGGUGGUCCUAGGGCCCGGGCCAACGUACGGAAUAUUCCUGGCUAUGUUAUUCCUACACGGAGUGAUCUGCUCGGCGCCCACGAGGACACUGGCAAGGCUGAGUCUCUUUGGCGCGAUCGUCACAUUCGGAGCGACCGUAGCGGCAAUCAUCCUUCUGCCCGUCUGCGCAGGCGAGAGUAGGGUAUCAACAAAGGUCGCUUUUACUUCUUACGAAAACUUCACCGGGUGGUCGAACUCCGGCUGGGCUUUCCUUCUGGCUUUCACGGGACCUAUGUGGCAACUGACAGGAUAUGAUUCUGCCGCACACAUGUCAGAAGAAACAUUAGGGGCAGCGAAGGCCGCUCCGAUGGCCAUGCUCCUGUCAGUGGCGUCUGUGGGAUGCCUCGGAUGGGUAUUCAGCAUCGCGACAUCAUUCGCGAUAGCAUCCGUGCCGGACUUGCUCUCGAGUCCGCUCCCGCUUCCGAUGGGCCAGCUUUACCUUGACCUUCUAGGCAAGAAGGGCAUGCUUGCGAUAUGGUGCAUCACCAUCACAGUACAGUUCAUGCGCGGUGCCGCACAAGGAGUCAACGCGUCGCGCGUCGUCUUCGCGUUCGCGCGCGACAACGCCUUGCCCGGCUCGCGCUGGUGGAAGCAAAUGAACCAUCAUACCCAGACGCCAGUGUGUGCCGUGUGGCUCGUCGUAUUCGUGGCCGGAAUCUGUGGCUUUCUCGGAUUCUCCUCGAUAGCCAUGACCUCCGCUGCUUGUGCUACGGUGAUCGGCCUGUAUACGUCAUAUGCCAUUCCCAUCCUGCUCCGCAUCACUUCCGGACGCAACAAGCUCGUCCCGGGUCCUUUCUCGCUCGGUCGGUGGUCGACGCCCAUCGGGUCGAUCGCCGUGGCCUGGUCCGCCUUUAUCGUCGUCCUCCUGUGUUUCCCAAGAACGCAAAGCCCGGUCGCGACAAACAUGAACUAUGCUGUCGUGCUCACCGUGGGCAUCUCCGCGUUUGCCUACUGCUCUUGGGUGCUGUCAGCGCGGCAUUGGUUCACUGGGCCCCUGCGGAAUAUCGGCGAGGGUGGUGCUGUGGCCGCAUUGAAGGGAUAUGACGAAGAGGUGAGAGACCAAACUAUCUGUGAGAUGUUCUCAUGA